AUGAAUAGAGGCAACAAACAACCCUUUUACGGUAAGGUCCUGAUUCUUACUCCCCAGAAACAAAUCAAGCCUGGUGGAACAGUCAAAGUCAACCUAUACAUCAGAGCAAAAGGGCAUCUUCUGUUGAAACAUGUUCUGGCUGGAUACUUAUGUAAGUCCAUUUCCACCUUGUUACCUAACGAUAUCCAUCUUAGUUCACAGCCUGCUGACCCAGACACACCCAUCCAUGGCAUUGAAGAGCAUUUUUUGGUGAAUUCAGAAAGAGAAAUCUUCAAGGGCCAUUUAGACCUCGAGCCUAAUAACUACUGGGAACACGAGAUUGAGGUUGAAGUCCCUGACUCUCUGUAUAAGUAUGAGAGCUGUGACAAGCACACCUUUCCAUUUCGUAAUACAUUAUUUGACAAGGACCCAGAGGACAGGUGGCUUCCGCCAAACGGGAGUAUUCGGGUCAGCGACCAGACAGUGCUUGAGCUUUCCCAUAGGAUUGAAGCAACAGUGACUAUCCAGGUAGGGGAGGAAUUCAAAUUGUUCAAUGUUGUUUCACCGCCAUUAAACUACAAGCAAAGCUUUGACAGAAUUCCCAGAAACUGGAACCAUUUGGUUAAGUCCAGAAAGGGCAAAGACUACCUUUUGCUGGACCAGCAAAAGAAGGUGGUGGAGUUGAACCUUGACGAGCCACUUCCUCCUGGAGACAGUAAGGCAAAAAUGGUGUGUACGUUUAAGGGAGACACAGAGCUUGAAACGCCUUUUGGGUCUACAAAGAGGUUGCUUUUCCUGGGGAGAAGGUUGAGUGACCAGUUGAAGGUUUCGUUAGAGUUACCACUUUCAGUUAUUAAACGGAAGGUGAUGAACAGAAAAGUUACUCUUCUCCAAGUGAAUAUUGGAUUGAAGAGGAAGAAUACAGUUAUUGGGGGUGUUUAUGCUGAACUUGAUGGUCCUGAAGAUAUCCAGUAUAGAAAGCAACGCAGAACCUAUGACGAGCAGAAGAUUGUGGGACAAAGGUACCUUAAUGCCCACUUGCUGCCUGAAUUUGACAAGGAAAAUGGAAAGGCUGUUUUUGACAUUCCAGAGCAAGAGUUAAGGUGGUUACUUUGUCUGUCUGGGAAGUCAGUAAAGGCAUGCAACUAUGGAGUGGACUUUACUCUUUCCAUGUCUGUGAGGAUCAGAAUUGGCCAUGGCAAGGUUGUGGAGUUUGUGGAUGAUUUACCUAUUUUCUACGGUCCCGAACCGGUUUUGCCUGCUGAAGUUAAGCCUAAGGAGGAGAAUAAGAUUAUUAUGGUGAACCAUGACCCAGAGGCCGAAGUUGGCGAUUCAAGGACGAGUUUGGAGAAUUCAAACGCCAAUGUGGAAACUCUGUCGAAUACGGCAAGUCGAAAGAGAACGGAAACUCCAGAGAUUCUGGAUGAUCUGGAGAAGGAAAGUCCAGGGCCCGAGACUGAGGAUUUAAAGAAGAACAGGAUAUCUUCAAGAAAAGAGGGCAAGGACAAAAUGACUAAGCUGGAUAAAACAAGCGAGAUCAAUAACUUGAAGGAUGAGGUUGAGGAGUUGAAGGUAGAGGAAAAGGAAGCAAAGAACGUACUGAACAGUUCGAGGUUGGCGAAGUUGGCGAAGUUGAAGAGCAGGUUCUUUGGGGCAAGAAAGGCUGAGAAGGAUGAAGUUUCUAAGGAGGGAGAGGAGAAGGGAGAGGAGAAGGAAGAGGAGUUUGAGGAGGUCAAGGAGGAUUCUACAGUGAAGAAGACCAGGAAGCUCAAGAAGGUCUUUAAGCUCAAGAAGGAGGCCAAGAAGGAGGCCAAGAAGGAGGCCAAGGAGGAAGAAGUAAAGGAAGAAGCAGAAAACGAGGAGAAGGAGGAGGUGGUAGAAGAAGUUGAGGAAAAGAAGGAAGAUGAAUUGAAGGACGAAGAGGAAGAGAAGGAGGUGAAGGAGAUCAAAGAUGUGAAGGAAGCUGAGGAGGAGGAAGUUGAAGAAGAAGCUGAAGAAGCUGAAGAAGCCAAGGAAGAGGAAGACGAAGAAUCGAUCCAAGGAACUCCAAUUGAAAGAGCUCCAGUUUCACCUCCAGUCUCACCUCCAGUGUCCAACAAGUACACUGCUACCAGGAUCCGUCCACCUGCAAAGACUCCAGAAAGUGUUUCUGACGAGACUUUGGUUAAUGAUCCUCUGAGAAGAAGAGCCGAGAAUGCUGCUACUAAGAACGUUGCUGAUUCUACUCAGACGGAUGGUGAGUACCAGGGAAAGUUCCAAGAGACCAGCUCCGUGAAGGACUCGAUGGUAUUUACUGACUGUCUCUGA